GAAUUAUUCUAUCGACAUUCGUCGACAAUGACUAUAGUUUACUGUGUGGCUUAUUUUAUCGUCUUCAUUGUGGGACUUGUUGGCAAUAGUUUUGUUAUAGCAGUUGUGUUUAGAGCGCCUCGCAUGCGGACCGUUACCAACUUUUUCAUUGUUAAUCUCGCACUCGCCGACAUCCUAGUAAUCAUCUUUUGCUUGCCAGCCACAUUAAUGAGCAACAUUUUUGUCCCAUGGAUGCUGGGAGGAUUAAUGUGCAAAACAGUACCUUACAUACAGGGUGUCUCGGUUGCCGCAUCUGUCUACAGUCUGAUAGCUGUGUCCGUGGAUAGGUUUUUGGCAAUUUGGUGGCCACUGAAACUACAAAUCACGAAACGUCGUGCCCGUUUCAUUAUUUUUGCGAUUUGGGUGAUCGCACUGACCUCGACAAUCCCGUGGGCCGUCUUCUUCGAGCUCGUUUCCGUGCCCGAGCUGCCAACUGACGUGAAAGUUUGUCUCGAAAUCUGGCCCGAAGGACUAAACGGUGCACUGUACUUUCUCAUAGCGAAUUUGAUCGCGUGCUACCUGCUACCGAUGGCUUUAAUAUCAAUUUGUUACAUUCUGAUAUGGAUUAAGGUGUGGACAAGGUCGAUUCCGGGCGACUCGAAGGAUGCACAAAUGGAUCGGAUGCAACAAAAGUCCAAAAUAAAGGUUAUCAAGAUGCUCGUGAUUGUGAUUAUUUUGUUUGUUUUGUCGUGGUUGCCGCUGUAUUUUAUUUUCGCGCGGAUUAAAUUAGGUGGUCCAUUAACGGAGCGCGAAGAGGAGAUGAUUGGAAUGGUGACUCCCAUCGCACAAUGGCUCGGUUCGUCAAACUCCUGCAUCAAUCCGAUUCUGUAUGCGUUCUUCAACAAGAAGUACCGUCGAGGCUUUGCCGCCAUAAUUCGAUCGAAGAAAUGCUGCGGCAGAUUGGGAUAUUAUGAGACAGUGGCGAUUGCCUCGUCGUCAACAAGUACGCGCAAAUCGUCGCACUACCACAACAACCAGAACAGUUGUCGUCGACCACCGUAUAGCCCAUCGCUGAAAUCCGAGCCAGCUUCGACCAUCUACGGGCGACAUCACGCCAUUGCCAAGCAGGACAGCAAUCUAUCACGUCAGAUGUUAAUUAAGCAGGACAGCAACGUUUCAAGGCAGUUUUCGCAGGCAUCGUCUGUCGACACGAGCAGCCAGCUGAGCCGACAUAUGUUAAUCAAACAAGAUAGCAAUGGAUCAAAGAGUAUCUUAUCAAAUCAGGAUUCAUUCAUUUCGUAUAUCGAGCCGUCGUCCGCGUCAUCCAACACGAGAAUGAAGACGUCAUCUGACAACGAGUCGCAACAUCACAACAUGGGCGGCAGAGACACCGACAGCUUUAACAAUAGUAAUAGCAGUAUUUUCAAACAAGAAUCAUAUCCGAAGCGGGGCAUUCUCUGCAAGCAGGAUACGCAAGUGUCGUAUAUCGAGAAUGUCAACAGCAAAAUCAUGCUGUCGAAUCAAGAUGUCUCCUCGUACAUGGAAAAUAAGCGACACUAUUUAAUUAAACAGGACUCGGUUAUCUCCUUUGCAGAGGACAACCCCAAACGCCGUCAGUUAAUUAAGCAAGACUCAAUCAUAUCUUUUUAUGAUUCACCACGUAGUUACUUAAAUAAGCAAGACUCAAGCACAUCAAUAUCUCAUACAUCAAUUUUAAAGAAAGCUGAUUCACGUGGAAGUUCAUCGGCUUCACCUGUUCGUAAGACAAUAGGAUUUUUCCCUGACUGA